UGAGUCGUUUCUCUGGCGGUGCAAAACUGAGCAAAUGAGAGUCUGUCAAUGUUGCUAACGGAUUGUUCAGGGCGAUUCUCAACCAUUUAACCCAAUAUUGCUAAAGAAACUUAUUUUAUAAGACCAUGUUGAUUUUAGUUUUAUGAGUAAGUGAUGCGUAUAUAUCCAAUAUGAAGAAUGGAAGACGACGAUGUUACCAUCAGAGAACAAAAUUUCCACAGUCAAGUUCGGGAAUACAUUAUCUGCUUCCUUCUUUUUGCGGUGCUGUACAUUGUGUCUUACUGCAUCAUCACCCGCUACAAGAGAAAAAGUGAUGACCAUGAAGAUGAAGAUGCCAUAGUCAACAGAAUAUCUCUUUACCUGUGCACCUUCACUCUUGCCAUAUCAGGUGGGGCAGUUCUGCUGCUGCCCUUCUCCAUAAUCAGUAAUGAGAUCCUGCUCUCCCUGCCCAGAAACUACUACAUACAGUGGCUCAAUGGCUCUCUCAUACAUGGACUGUGGAACCUGGUCUCGCUGUUCUCCAACCUCUGUCUCUUUGUGCUCAUGCCCUUUGCUUAUUUCUUCCUGGAGUCCGAGGGCUUCGCAGGAUCUAAAAAGGGUAUUAGGUCACGCGUGUUGGAGACGUUUGUGAUGCUUUUCCUACUGGGCCUGCUCAUCCUGGGAAUAGUGUGGGUGGCCUCUGCCCUCAUCGACAAUGAUGCAGCCAGCAUGGAGUCCUUAUAUGACCUGUGGGAGUUCUACCUGCCUUACCUGUACUCCUGCAUCUCGCUCAUGGGCGGUCUGCUCCUGCUCAUGUGUACCCCAGUGGGGCUGUCACGCAUGUUCACUGUUAUGGGCCAGCUCCUGGUCAAACCUACGAUACUGGAGGAUUUGGAUGAGCAGAUCUACUGUAUAGUCUUACAAGAGGAGGCCCUGACAAGAAGACUUAACGGCACGGCCUCCAAUUCCCACGUCCACGGCAGCAGGCAGCACCUGCACAAGGAGCUGGACAGCAUACGGAGUCAGAGGAAUAAGCUGGAGAGACGCAAGAAGGCAUCUGCCUGGGAGAAGAACCUGCUCUACCCCUUUGUCAUGCUGAUCUUGCUGACCGGAACUACCAUCUCAGUUCUUUUGGUGGCUCUGAACAUCCUGUACCUGCUGGUGGAUGAGACUGCACUGCCGAAAGGAUCUACGGACCGUGGGAUUGGGAAUGCCUCUUUGUCUACGUUUGGAGUUGUGCAGGCCGUGGUGGAAAUCAUCUUAAUGUUCUACCUGCUGGUGUCCUCUGUGGUGGGGUUUUACAGCCUCCGCAUCUUCAAGGGCCUCACGCCUCGCAAGGACGACACCACCAUGACCACGAUCAUCGGCUGCUGUGUGUCCAUCCUGGUCCUGAGCUCCGCACUCCCUGUGAUGUCCAGAACCCUGGGAAUAACCCGCUUCGACCUGCUGGGCGAUUUUGGGCGAUUUAACUGGCUGGGAAACUUCUACAUCGUCCUGUCCUACAACCUGUUGUUCGCCGUUGUGACGACCCUGUGCCUGGUGCGCAAGUUCACCUCCGCCAUCCGGGAGGAGCUGCUCAAAGCUUUAGGCUUGGAUAAACUCAACCUGUCAUACAGCCCCACCGACCCCGAGUCUGCCAAGCUGUCCAACGCCAACGGCCACCAGAAGACUCUCUAAAGAGACAACCAUCACACACAAACUUAGACACACACACACUUUUACAUUUUACAGACUUAGAGACUUUUGACAUGAAUACACCCAAAUACCUGUUGGAAGUGGAAUGCGCCUCAGUGAUGGAGAGAAGCCGAACGGAUGGCGGAGGACUGGUGAGGGAUAGGCAGAGCAGAGCGCCGGCUCAGUUUGGCUCCGUCCGUACCAGGAGGAAAAGGGACCCUGGGACAGCAGUUCACCAAGGAUGGAGGAUCCAUAUAGGACACUGGUGCCCCACGUCUCAUGACACUCCACUUCUCUCCACGGAAGAAGAUGGACUGGAUGAAUGAGUGGAAUCGAGGCUCUGUGAAGACAAACUUACUUCACAGGCUUUCCUUUGUGACAGACUCACCAUUUAAUUUUUGUUUACUUUUGUUCUUUUUUUCAUUUUAUCUUUUUUUUAAUUUUUUUUGCACAGAUAUAUGGUAGUUGUACCAUCUUUGCUUGACCUCUAUCUUUUCUCUCUGUCUUUCCUUCAUUUGUCUCUCUAUCUUUGUUUGAAAUCCUGAAGUGUUUUCAGUGCCAGCUUGUUGUUGUUGUUGUUGUUGUUGUUGUUGUUGUUGUUGUUGUUGUUUCCUGCUUUCCUGCUUUCCUCUCCUGCUUCACCCUUUGCCCACUUCCUCUGCUUUGUUAGGAUACUUGCAGUUGGCAGUGCACACCACUACCA